AUCCCGGUGUGGUCAGAUGUUCCCCCCUAAGACGAAUCAUUGACACCGUCCAAUAUUCUCCAAUGACGAAGGUUUCUUUCAAGGCAACAAUGUGUUUUCCAAGUCUGCUGCUGCCGAGAUCUCUCUCGAUCGAUCCGCAAAGAGCUUCGGCUGCUGCCAGACCUGGUGGUUGCCGUCAAAGCCAAGCUUCAUUCGGUGAAGGUGAUACAUUAAGUACCUAGCCGUUCACCCGGCCUUGUUUUACUUAAACCGUCCCGACAUCUGUUUUUAAAGCUUCCUCCCACCAAAGCUGUUGUGAAAUCAAGAGCCCUUCUUUCCAUUUCACGUAUCGAGAAAUAUCAAAGCACCAUGGCGCAAACCGCUGAGGAAUCGUCGACUACCGGUCAAGCGGGGUUAUCUUGCAGCUGCUGUUCGGGUCCCUCCCAGCCUCAAGAGAAUCAAACUGUUCUCGAAGACAACCAACAGGACGGGCGUAACAACGACAAAACAGCAUCUGAUGAUGGAGAAUCUGUCGACCGUUGCUGUAAGGACGAUGCCCAAAAAGAAUGUGCUGCAUCAGUUCAGUUCACUGCGGAUCAGGAUUGCAGUCCUUAUUCCGACCAGAAGGCGGAACCGUGCUGUGCUCCUGGCCCUGCAGACUGUUGUCUAGACACAGAGGAUAACCUGUGUAAGUCAUCUGUUGCAGCAGGAAAGGACAAGUGUCAGAAUGGAUGCUGCGAUAAAGACGACUCGGAUGGCUUCUCCCUUGCCGGCAAUGAAUGCGACGAGGAUGCGGGAUGCACUGACUGCUGCGACGCGAAUGAACCAAGAUGCAAGACAGCACAACCUACAGACAUCUGCCAAACUAAUUCUGGCCAGCCUAGUGAAAAACCAAGAACCUGCGAAGCGAUCUCUUCUGGCUGCUGCGCCUUGACCAAUAAUCAGCAGUGGGAUCAAGAUAGCUCUUGCGCGAGAGAGCAGGUAGAGGAUGGCAACUGCUGUUCCAAAAUUCAAGAAAGCACACUACAUGCAGCCUUAACCUUGGAUAUCUGCUGCACAAGCUCCGACAACUGUGAAUGCUCUGACGAGUGCAUCGCUGAAUAUGCAGCAAAGUUAUGCGCAGAUGAAUUGAUCAUGGGCCCCGAAGGGAGCUGUUCAAAUGAGAGAGCAGACAACAAUACCCGACGCAGCACUUGCAUUCAGCCGUGCAACAAGCAUCUGGGAAUGGCUGCAGCAUUUACAACAUCUAUGCAGGACGAGCCCAGAGAAAGUACGGUCGAAGCUGCUGAAGCGCAAUAUGUCUCGAAUAUCAGCCGCCUGAUUCGCAAAUGCUUCUGCAGUGGUCCACGACCUUUUAUCUUCCCUGGAGGACGGACCUGUUGUGCUGUCAGAGGAUCGCGUAUGAGGUCGGUACCAGCCUCCAAGUCCAGCCUGAAGCCUACACGAGCACAGCAGCCUGCAGUUAAGACCACCGAAAAGCCAGCACCUGUUUCCGUCACCCGCAUGUCUGAUUCAGAUGUAGAAAGAGCUUCCGAGGGAAACAAGUACUCCGUUAUUCUUGGUGUCGUUGGAAUGACCUGCACCGGAUGCGAGUCUAAACUGCACAACGUACUCGAAUCAUACUCAGGCGUCAGCGAUGUUAAGACUAGUUUCAUACUCAACCGUGCAGAGCUCGUCUAUGACCCCUCUAUGGUCGCAGAUGUUUCCUGCUUGACGUCCUAUGUGAAAAGACGUACCGGUUUUACUUGCACUAUCUUGCGCACUAGCCUAGCAGGCACCGUUGACGGUGAAAACUUUACCUUAACCCACCUUGAUCCCAAAGCUGCGGAAAGAAUUCGAGCCCUGAAUGGAGUUAAUUCAGUAGUUCCCGUGGGGAAGGAAGAUCACCAGGUCUUUUACGAACCACGAAUGAUUGGCAUUCGAGAUAUCCUCGAGAUAGUGACCUCCCAUGGAAAUCAGGCCAAGCUGCCAGCUAAAUCAUCCGAAGAGACUGCAAAGAGAAUCGAAGAUCGUCAUUGGCAUUCGCUGAUAGCUCAAACUUUGUUCGCCGCAAUACUCACUGUUCCAAUUCUCGUCUUCGCUUGGUCAUCGUUCGCAAGAGAAGCACCGCCGUCAGAGAAAAUACAAUACUCCGUCAUCUCCGUGGCCCUGGCUACUGCCGUUCAGAUGCUCGCGAUCCCCAUCUAUAAACAUGCCUUCCAGACAUUAUGGUACCAGAAGGAAAUUGAUAUGGAUGUCCUAGUAGUCCUUUCAAUCACAAGUGCCUAUGUCUAUUCACUCGUCGCGCUUGGGUUUGAAGUGCGUCAUGGCGGCUCUACUAAUAUACUAGGCCGUCCUGUAUUCGAGACCAGUUCGCUACUCAUCACGCUUAUCAAAUUCGGGAGGCUCUUGACGUUGUGGAUUCGAAGGAAAGCACGGGAUAUACAAAGGACGGAUUCAUCCCAGUCGCAGAUGGCACGAGUUAUAAAGAAAGUCUCGCUAUCUAGAAUUUCAAUGAGACCUUCUCUGAACAAUGGCCAGGAGGAGCUGCUCGAUACCGCCCUCCUUCACUACGGCGACAUUAUACAGAGUCGGGAAGGCGAACAAAUCGUCACAGACGGAGUCGUUGUUAAUGGAAUUGCCGAGAUCGACGAAUCGCAGAUAACUGGUGAAAUUGAGCCUGUGACUCGUUCGAAAAAGUCCCAGGUGUUUGCGGGCUCGAAGAUCGUCAACGGCACCAUCGAGUACCGCGUCACACGCCUCGUCUCUGAAAACAUUCUCAGUAUUGUCAAAAAUUUGGUCACGAGUGCUACAUCCUCGAGAACAAAGACUCAGGAGCGAGCUGAUCUAUUAGCAUCCUACUUGACCCCCACUAUCCUUGCAGCAGCUGUUAUCGACUUCUUGAUCUGGGUCCUGGUUGACGUGUUUGUUGAGAAACGACCCGGCACUUCGGCCUCUAUAAAUGCACUCACCUUUGCAAUCUCCGUCCUCGCCAUCAGCUGUCCUUGUGCUUUAGCCUUGGCUGUCCCUACGAUUCUCACAGUAGCCAGCUUUGUCGGAGUCAACAAGGGUGUCAUUUUUAAGAGCGGGGCUGCAUUGCAUGCUGGAGACAAAAUCAAUCAUGCUGUGUUCGACAAAACCGGCACACUGACAACAGAAAAACUAGCCGUACUGAAAGAGCUCUACCCGAGAACGGUUCCCAAUCUUCCAGAAAGCGAAGUCCGUCUCAUAACGGCCAUGGUCACUCAAGGCAAUAAACAUCCAGUCUCCCAAGCUGUCUACGAACACGUUGAGAACAAAGUAUCCAUCAGUGACAAAGUUAAGUUGUCCAGUCCAGCUAAGGUCAUUAUUGGAAAAGGUGUCGAACUCGCUACAGAAGAUGGACUUCUGAGAGGCGGAAGCCCGGCAUGGCUUGGACUAAAGGAACACCCAGCAGUAAAAGAGAUGAUCAAUUCCACUCUCACGGUCUUCUGCCUCACCAAAAAUGACACUCUUCUAGCAUUAUACGGCCUCUCAGGCAACAUUCGUCCCGAAGCUCUAGAAGUUCUCGGUCAACUGAGAAGCAAGAAAAUAACCAUUCAUCUUCUCUCUGGAGACAACGGCCCCUCUGUUUCUCGCGUGGCAUCAAGCUUGGGCUUCGAUCCCCAAAACGUUCAUAGUAAUUGCCAACCCGAAGAUAAAGCGACUUAUAUUCGCAAACUGCAAAGGUCAGACCCGAAGACCAAAGUCUGCUUCAUCGGCGACGGGACGAAUGACGCACCGGCCCUCUCCCAAGCAGACCUAGGAAUAUGCAUGAGUAACGCCGCAGGCAUCGCAGUCGACGCUGCGGAUGUUGGAAUUCUCAAGGAUUCUCUCCAUGGCCUUCUCCUGUUUCUGGAUCUUUCCAGAAGAGCUACAUGCAGAAUUCGCUUGAACCUUGCUUGGGCCGUGAUAUAUAACAUCUUCGCCGUGCUUUUUGCCGCUGGCGUGUUCGAGGCGGUCGGCUUCAGGAUCCAACCUAGUUAUGCUGGUGUCGGGGAGAUGGUUAGCUUGCUUCCUAUUAUCGGGAUCAGUCUCUCUCUUCGUAUUUGGCUGUGAUGGUCUGAUAUGUAAUGACACUAUUGGUCUACUGACAGGUAGCUACGUCAUCUUCUCCGUGUGAUCCUUGACAAGUAUACCUGGUAGCUGUCUUAUCGAAUGGAUAGAAAAGAUCCCACAACAUCAUUUAACCAAUUUGGAAGUGCGUAUUACAAGUAGUUGUUAUAUUUGUUAUGAGGACACCACUCUUGUAAGGGAUCUAGAUAAGCAAGCAACGCGGCGUC